CAGGGCCGGCCUGCGCGCCAUGGGGGCGCUGCGCGCGCUGGGCAGCUUCGCCGUCGGGGACUACCUGGUGUUCGCGGGCGUGCUGCUCGUCUCCGCGGCCAUCGGCGUCUACUACGCCUUCGCGGGCGGCGGCCAGCAGACCUCCACCGACUUCCUGCUGGGCGGCCGCAGGAUGACCGCCGUGCCCGUGGCGCUGUCCCUCACCGCCAGCUUCAUGUCGGCCGUCACCGUGCUGGGCACCCCCGCCGAGGUCUACCGCUUCGGGGCCAUCUUCAGCCUCUUCGCCAUCACCUACUUCCUGAUGGUGGCGCUCAGCGCCGAGGUCUUCCUUCCCGUGUUCUACAAGCUGGGGAUCACCAGCACCUACGAGUAUUUAGAACUUCGGUUUAACAAAUACAUCCGUCUCUGUGGAACAGUCCUCUUCAUUAUUCAGACAAUUCUGUAUACUGGAAUUGUUAUCUAUGCCCCUGCGCUGGCUUUGAAUCAAGUCACCGGAUUUGAUCGCUGGGGGGCGGUGGUGGCGACCGGCGUGGUCUGCACGUUCUACUGCACGCUGGGUGGCCUCAAAGCGGUUGUCUGGACAGAUGUUUUUCAAGUUGGCAUCAUGGUGGCUGGAUUUGCAUCUGUGAUUAUACAGGCUGUGAUAACUCAAGGUGGCAUCGAGACGAUUUUAAAUGAUGCCUACGAAGGGGGAAGAUUAAACUUCUGGAAUUUUAACCCUAACCCUCUGCAAAGACACACAUUCUGGACGAUUAUUAUAGGAGGGACCUUCACAUGGACCAGCAUCUACGGAGUCAACCAGUCGCAAGUGCAGAGAUACAGUUCCUGUAAAAGUAGAUUCCAGGCAAAACUGUCUCUCUACAUCAAUCUUCUGGGACUCUGGGCAAUCCUUACCUGCUCGGUAUUUUGUGGGCUUGCCCUGUACUCCAGGUACCAUGACUGUGACCCUUGGACAGCCAAGAAGGUGUCUGCAGAAGACCAGCUCAUGCCUUAUCUGGUACUGGAUAUUUUGCAAGAUUAUCCCGGAGUUCCUGGGCUUUUUGUGGCCUGUGCUUACAGUGGAACCUUAAGCACAGUGUCCUCCAGUAUUAACGCAUUAGCAGCCGUGACGGUGGAAGAUCUCAUCAAACCUCGCUUCAGGUCACUCUCGGAGAAGUCUCUCUCUUGGAUUUCCCAGGGAAUGAGUGUGCUGUACGGCGUCCUGUGUAUCGGAAUGGCCGCUCUGGCCUCGCUAAUGGGAGCCUUGUUACAGGCGGCGCUCAGCAUAUUUGGGAUGGUCGGAGGACCCCUCUUGGGCUUAUUCUCUUUGGGCAUUUUGGUGCCCUUUGCCAACUCGGUUGGAGCAUUUUUUGGUUUGUUGACUGGAUUUGUCAUGUCCUUAUGGAUUGGAAUUGGAGCUCAACUCUAUCCCCCACUUCCUGAGAGAACUAUGCCUCUGCACCUCGCCACAUACGGCUGCAACAGCACAUACAAUGCGACCGAUGUGAUGACUACCACAGAGAUGCCGUUUUCUACGGGCGCCUUUCAAAUCCACAAUGUGGAAAGGACCCCACUGAUGAAUAACUGGUACUCUCUGUCCUAUCUGUACUUCAGCACUAUUGGGACUUUGACAACAUUGUUUGUAGGGAUGUUUCUCAGUUUAUUAACAGGAGGAAGAAAACAGAACUUAGACCCCAGAUUCUUACUAACCAAAGAGGACUUUGUAUCUAAUUUUGAUAUUUUUAAGAAAAAGGACCAUGUUUUAAGCUACAAAUCUCAUCUGGUGGGAGAUGGCGGAACUGAUAACCCUGCCUUCAACCACGUGGAAUUGAACUUCACAGAUCAAAGUGGCAAGGUCAAUGGAACGCGGCUGUGAAGCAGUUCUACAGGAGAAGAUUUUAAAUCAUGUCUCCGUUUUAUAUGUUUUGUUGGGUAAUGGGAUCAGAAUCAGAUUUUUUUCCUGUCUAACGUGCGUGUUUUGGGGGCCACGUUUUUGUUAAGGUCAGGUCCUGACGUUCUCCCCCUUCUACAGUGAUUACGGUACUCUGGAGUUAAGAGUUUGAACAUCAGCAUUUCCCUCUCUAUUCUGGGGAAGUGGGGGCUGGGGAUUUAGCUCAGUGGCACAGCGCCUGCUGCCUGGCAAGUGCGAGGUAGUGAGUUCGAUUCCCGAGAAAACAAGCAAACAAACAAACAAAAUAUUCCAGGGAAGUGCAGUUCUGACUACAUAUAUACUGUAGGGCUACACAUACAUAUACAUGUGGUACUUGAUGGUCAAAGGCAUGUUCUUAAAUUCGGGCAUUAUUGAAAAUAUUUUCCAUGCCGUUGGUGCUAGCGUAAAACUUUCGGCAUUUGCCAAAAUCGUAAUCAAUGUUGCAAAGAGCUUUCUCUCUCCUACCACAUACUCUGUUCUUAGGGAGAAAUGAACUGACAGGUCUGUGUUGUGGGGGGCUUAUUGGAACUGAUUCUGGCUCAGGAAGGUGGGAAUCAGGAAAGGGAGACCCAGACGACCAGGGCCUCUUGGAUUAUUCCUUGUGCCUUUGGCUUGUUUUCUGAGGUGCCCGGCCUUUGGCUGCUUGUAUUACCUAAGACUGUAGUUCCUCUCAACAUUCCUAGUUUCUGAACUACAAAUUUGUCUUCCUAGUUUCCCAUUUACCUUGUUGCCUCGGGCUUGGAUAUGUCCUGAUACACCCAAUAUGAAUCACGCCACACAGACCUUGGUUCAAAAGUCCCAGCCUGUAAAUGAUAAACUCUCAUGAGUCUGGUACUGAUUGAGGUAUACUGAUGUGGGUUCUUACAGAUUUGGUGACCCAAGAAGAUUGUAUUUUUAAAAAUGGUUAAGUUCAGGGUUAGGGGUGUAGCUCAGUGGCAGAGCACUUGCCUAGCACGUGCAAGGCCCCGGAUUCCAUCCCCAGCACUGAAAAAAAAGUUAAGUUUCAUGAGCUUAGCUGGUUUUACUUAAUGCUAUUGAGUUAAACAUUGGAAUGUCAACUAAUUUGCAGUCAUUUAAAUUGAUUGAUGGUACCUAUGUUUAAAAAUGUUGAAAUUUUAGUAUAUUCAUGUAGUUAAGAGUCUAAAUUAAAUACCAGGUAGCACAAUAUAUUUUAAUGUACAAGACUUACUAAAUAUCUGCUUUGUUUGAAGUUUUAAAAUUUCACAUAGCAGUCUCAAAGUUGCUUGGUUGUUUAUAUUGCUAUGUUCUUAGCUAAGAAUUUAGUAUAAGAUUUCCUCAAUAACUUAUUUUUCUACAAUAACCACAUUCAUGUUUAAAAGUUUUAAAUUUUUUUAAAAGGAUGAAAGAAAUAUUUAGAAAUAUAAAACAUAUGUCUGUGUUAUAAUUCAGUAAAUUUGUGCAUAUUUUCUGAUCUACUUUCUUUGGGAAACCAUGCUCUGUACAUAUGGAGGUUGCUGACAUUAAGAAAUAAAUAAAAUAGGAAGUAGCAUAUCGCUAGAGUACGAGAUUUACAAGGCAUUUAUAUUCACUAUUUAUUAAUAUAUUUCUUAUGUAUAUAAAUGCUGUUUUUAAUCCUAUACUUGUAAGCAAACAUCACAUUUUACACAUCUUUCCACGAUGUUUUAAUGAGCUAUAAUCUUGUUUGUUGUAUGCUACUGUGAUUUGAACAGCAGUUAUUUAAGAAUUCUAAAUGCAUAUGUUUGUAGAGUGAUUCAAUUUUGGAGAACAAAAUCAGGGUCUUUAAAUAACUUUUUCUCUUAGCUGACUGCUUAGAAGUUAGGCAAUGAGGUUUUUUUUUGGUACUGGAAAUCGAACUCAGGACCUCAUGCUUGCCAGGCAGGUACUGUGCCACCGAGCUAUACCUCCAGCCCUGGGCAAUGUGUUUUAAGUGAGAAACAUAAUACUUUCAUUCUUGUCCAUAUUCUUUAAUGCAAAGUAUAUCUUUGUGACUAAUGAGACUCUUAGUGUUUCACCUUUACAGACACAUAACAGUGCCAGAUAGAUUUCUUCACAAAGCAAUGUUGCUAAUUAAAAAUAAUUGAUAUUAAUUUCUAAAUUCUGGUGGUAAAACAUUAAAAUAUUAUAGUGGAAAGUACGUAGUCUGCUUCUCUUCAUUUUGAAUCACAAUAACUCAAUAGCAGAAAAAGUCACGCAAAUUGUCGAUUUUUUUUUUUUUUUUGCCACUGAUGAGUUCGGUACCCUUGAAUUGACCCUUAAGUUUAUCUAAUUAUGAUAUACAGCUUUAGCCCUUGCCUAUCUGACAAAAAUAAUGUGAGUAUAAAAGAUCCGAUUGGUCUCUAUGGCAGAAUACCACUGUAUUAACUCAACUAGCAUUACUAACAUUUCAAUAAGAUUAAGAUCAAAAUCUGAGACAAAAGCCCCUUUCCAGUUUUUUGAAAGAUGAGCUGCUUAUAAGUUGUAAUAUGAUAUGGAGAUAGUGCCGCCUCUAAAACUACGUGCCAUAGGAAUAUUAAAAUAUAUUUAGGAAUCAGCAGGAUCAUUCCAACUGAGUAAAUGUUGACUUUAAAAAAAGAUGUAGCUCAAUCUUAUUCACAGAGGAAUGAAAAUUUUAUAGGUAAGAUCUGAAAGAGUAUACAUCCAUGUUCAUCUAUGUAGUUGCUUACACAGUCAUUUUCUCUAUAGACCAACAGCUUCCAAAAAGGCCUGUUAUACUCCUUAGGGGACAUUUUUGGUGGUCCAGUGGGGUAUCUGGCACUGGCCUCUGGUGAGUAGAAUUUAGGGAAACUGCAGGCAGCUAAGUAUCUUAUGAGAUAGGUCAGCUAACCUCUCUACCCCAAAAAUGACCCAACCCAGAUAUCCAUGGUGUGCAGUCUGAGAAACCUUGCCCUGGGGGUGAACGGUCAACUUGCUGAAGUCACACAACCUGCUAGUUUUCCUUCAGGAACGUGGCCUGACACUGUCACAAUGGCCUGAACAUUGUCAUCUAAGGGUAGCAAUGAAAAUACCAGGUUCAUGUAGAAUGUCAGGGGGCAGAAUAAUGACCACAUAGUUUUAUAACAUUUAGAAAAUACUAAGGGCUGUAGAACUGUGAAUACUAUGUAAACCAGUCUUUGAACAGCUUAGCUUCUCUAUUAGAGGUGAUUUCUAAGAGUAAAAUACAUUAGGAUGAAGGAAAUAUUAAGGGCACAAAUGUGAAGAUUUUAUAAUUUCAUUUUAUCUAUCAAAACCAAGGGAAGAAUAGGGUUUUUUUAAAACAAUAGAAUGUCCCAUGACAUAGUCACCUGGGACAGAGCUGAGAUUGAGAUGGAGCAAGGAACUCUCUGGAUUGAUUCUUACAGAAAUUUCUGAGGUUCUUUCCUAUGAAGACUGUUGGUAAAGAGUCACCUGAGGGGUUUGGAGUGUAGCUCAAGGGUAGAGCACUUGCCUAGAAUGCCCAAGGCCCUGGGUUCAGUCUUUCACAUGUCCAAAACAGACAGAUGGACAGACAGACAGACAGUCAGACAGGCACAGACAGACCAAAGUCAAGUGGAUGUAUGACCAUUUAGUUACUUAACAUUCAUUGUAUGCUUUUAGAUUUAAGCACUAUGCUCCUUGUUCAUGAAAAGCUUGAAAGAGUUGAACAUUAGUAAAACAUGAUUAGAAACCUGAUUUUUUCAGGUUGCUGAUCGAACUACAAAAAAACCUUGCAAUCAUCUGUUCUCUUGCAGACUUUCAAAUUCUGUCUUUGUCCCAUGCUUUUGACAGUUAGGCUGUAAUAUGCCUGGGGGAGAGGAUCUUUUCUGGUCAUGUCUAUUUGGGGAUCUGUAGGCCUUUUGUACCUGGAUAUCCGUAUCUUUCCCAAAAGUGGGAAAAUUCCUGCUGUUAUUUCAUUGAAUAGUUUUGUAGUCCCAUAACCUUUAUUUCUUCCCUUUACAUUACCUCAGUGAUGCAGCCAUUUGAUCUGUUAAUAUUACCCUUCAGAUCUUGUAUGCGCUAUUCAUUUUUUCCCCUUUGUUUUUCCUUAUUUCUAUCUGAAUGUGAUACUGUGAAAGACCAGUCUUUAAACUCUGACAUUCUUUCUUCCACUUGAUCUACUUUGGUGCUGAGAUUUUCAUUUGGAAUCUGUUACUAGAGAGUUAUGAUGGUUCAUAUUUCUUGCAUUACUAUUUGAGACUGGCACAUCUAGUGGGAUGGGUAUCUCUACUACUUUUAUGGAUUGACUUUUUUGGUAAGUGGCUUCCCUCUGGAGAUGUGUCUUGAGAUAUGGAAUGUCUAUUCCAGCUGGGUAUCAUAGUAUAAUCUUGUAGUUUCUUUGACUGUGAUUAGGGAGUUUGGGCCAUUGUGAGCCAUACUGGCUUGGAAAGAUCACUGUUUCUGUGAGUUGGACAGAGAGGGGCAGCCUAGCAGCUCUGGCAGGUGUUGUACAGAGAGCAGGUGUGUGAGGUGCACCUUGUGUGGUUACAGUGGGAGUGGUGGCCCCUAUUGGGCGAUGAGCAUUUCUUUAGAAACUGUGUGUGUUUCCUCUGUCACUUGAAUGGGACUCUGACAUUGAGCUGUCUAGUGGUGGUGAGGGGCUUGAAGCUCUUGUGCACAUUAGCACAGAUCCAGGUAUUUGGGGAGAAGGAGCGGUAGGAAUCAUAGCUCAACCCCUCUGACACUCAUGCCCACUUCUGACAGUAGUGUGUGAUCAGGCAAGAUGUGGAGGUGACCGGCACAGGGGACCAGUGUAAACGCAGUGGAGAUAAAGUUCACUUACUCUUCUGUGCUUCUCUGUGGCCAUCCCCAGGAGCCCUCUCGCUGUGCAUGUCUAGGACCAGGGUGGUGGCUGGGCGUUCCCCUUAUCUUUUAGUUAUAGUUCCCACAAGGGGUGGAGCAGAGUGGAUCGUGCCUGGAGCAGGUAAAAUUCUCAGCUGAGGUUUUCACACAUGUGCGUGAGCGGGGAAUGUACUCCUUCUCGGGGCUUUGUGUCAGAGUCACUCUGCCAGGCCAGCUCUGGCUCAUGGGGCAGCUGCCUCCUGAGCUGGUGCCGUGGCUGCCUGGGGGGUGCUGGAGAUGGGAAUAUACGGGGCUUCUAGCCCAAUUCGGACAAAGCUCCCUUCUCAAGAUGGUGCCCCGUGGGUUCAGUGGAAGAUGGAGUGAAUUCCUUUUCCAGAGCAGACUGCUGUGCAGAUUUCUGGCCUAUCUACUUAGGGUGCAGACCUGCAAGGACCACAGAAUUUCCCGUAGUUAAGAUGACCAGUGUCUGUGCCGGUAGAGUCUACAGGGACUCUCUUUGCCUUUUCCGCUGUGGAGGGCAGACUCGCAUCUCCUGGCUGAGGAGCUGGUGUGGCAGAUGCUGGGAAAUGUAUCUCUUGCUACACUGUGGUCUCAAUUCUGCGAAUGCACAAGGUUUCUGUUUCUCUGUGAUCAAAUUCCAGUGUUUUCCCAUGGCCACUCAACCCGCAGCUCUCCCUGCUGCUUUGUUUCUUCUCUAGGUGCUUCCACUUGGCCACCUUGUCGAUCCCAUGCACACCCCAGGCUCUCACCGCUUCUGUUCAAACCUGAUGGUGAACAUCUUCACUGUAAUUCUCCAGGGUUUCAUACAUCUGAUCUCCUCAGCGCGGAAAGGUACUUUGCGAUGUGCGUAGCGGUCCACUUUGGUGUCCCCACGGGGAGAGGAGCCUCUUCUGCAGCCACAUCUUGCUCCACUGUCCCAUUUGACAAGUGGCCCCAGCUCUUGAGGGUCCCAUUACCUUCCAGUAGUGCCGGACUGAGGAGCGAACCUUUAUCCCAGGGGCCUUUGGGGGAUGUUCAGGUCCGAGCAAAAGCAGUUGCUCUUAUUAUUGAGCAUGGUGUUGUUUACUUCAUGUUGUCCUCCAGCAAAAUAUCAGCUCCAGGGGGCAGGAGUUUUGCUGGUUCUGUUUAGUGGUUUCUUCAGUAGCUGGAAGAGCACGGGCCAUACAAGGCACUCACUGUGAGUCAGAGUGGAUGCUUUUGGCCAUGUGGUGAUAAAAAGAACUUGCUUCUGCAGGGGUACAUGGGGUGUUCACAUCAACCCCGACCAGAUGUUUCCAAUUCUGAGACUCAGCAUUAGGGAAACUUCAUUACCUGUUGUGGUUAGCCGGGUCAUGCAACCACCUUUAACUGAUGAUGUCAGUAACAUCACAAUAAAGAAAAACUCCAUUCUCUACCAUCGCAGAGGUUGUAGUCUAAUAAAGCAGGUAGACCAAAAAGAAAAACACCAAGUAAUUACAGUAAAGUGUGCUGAGCAUUGCACCUGGAGCGGUGUAGCACAGGGGCCUUGUGAGGCAUUGUGGAGCGGAGUUCUAGGAACAUACAAGGAACUCAACCCGUUCCUGGAACUCCUUCUUGACUCCUUCCUGACCAAGAGAGGUAGAAGCCGAGAUCUGGAAGCUGAAGAGCCAAGCAAAGGAGAGGAGGGGAGAGCCCGCAAGGCCAAGGGAACCAGCACAUUCAGAAGGCUAGAGGGCAGAGAGAUCCUGGUGCCUGGGAUGGGUUUGGAUAGAAGGCAGCGAUCUAAGAGAUGAAUAGUACCAUGGGUAGUGACAAAACUGGUGGGUCAUCUUAAAGAUUUUAAGGUUUUAGCCGUGAAGAAUUUGAAGUAGAUAAACCCGACUAGGAAAGCUGCACCAAAGUGCUUUGUGCUGUGACAUAAUCAGCUGAUUAUGUCCACAGGGGCAGGAGUUUUGCUGGUUCUAUUUAGUGGUUUAAGGGAUGGUAACUGUUUAGUGUUUUAGGGGAUGGUCACUAACAUCGCAGGAGCUGCUGCUCACCUCCCUUUCUGCCAGAGUGAUCAUCUCUAACUGAUGGCUUGAGUUGUGGAGUAGGUGAGAGUAAUUCAGACUCUGAUAAGAUAGUGAUUAGCCUGGUGGUCUGCAGAAUCAACCCAGAAUAUCCCAUCAACACAACAGACUACCCCAACGGAAUCAACUGGGUCCUUGCUAGAAUUGGAAGCUCUCAGACGUACUUUAAACCCGCGGAAUCAGCAACAUUGGCGGCGAGAAUCAGGUGAUUCCCAUACAUGCUAGAGUUUGGAAACUGCGGGAGUAGAUGCUAAUGAUCAUUGGUAGGAAAAACAAACUGGAUGUAUAAUUAGAAACACACUGGCUAUAAAUGACUCCUUAAAAGGGGAGUAUCGCCUCUACUUUGUUAGCAAUGUUUCUUCUGCAUAUUGGAUUUUGGCCCACUCAAAGGAACAUAGCCUCUUUUAAAUAGUGAAGUCUGAACUAGUGGAAACUAAAGAUUACUUCCUUAAAGGUUAAUGUGUGUGCACAUAGGGUAUAGUGGUACAUAGAAUCCCAUGGAUAACAGCUUCAAUAUGUGUACCCCCAGCUGGCCAUUGAACAGAAUCUAAAUUGCAUUCUACUCAGGUAAUAAAACAACCAAUGGAAUAAAAUAUUGUUAGGCCAGCCUUCCUUAUUUUACUGUUGAAAAUAUUACAAAAUGAGUGAAUCCUGACUAUUAAUGAGUGACCUGGAGAAAUUACCCCCUGGUUGGGAAUACAGUCUGGCUUGGGGCUAGAGCAGGUUUAACUCCUUUACUAAAGUAGAGGAUUAUGUGAAAUUCAGGUCUUAGGCAUUUUUCACAUUGAAAUUUGUAUUUUUGGGAAAAUGAGUUCAAACGGAUGCCAUGCCACACACAAAAGUGCAUCUCUCAUUUAGGUUUACUUAAGAAGCGCCGAGAACUCAAGUGUAGGCUUCACACUGUGACAGGCAAGGGGGACAGUGAAGGUGGGUUUCUUGGCCAUUGUCACUUCCACGUCAUCUGGGGCUGUGGGGUCAGAUGUGGGGGAUGGCGGAGCGCAGGGAAAAGUGCCUGCGUGAGGAGAGCCCUUAGUGAGAGGGGAGCCCAGGGCCAGGACUCGGGAAUUGUAGUUUUACAGGGUGACACUGAGUCACCGAAGCACGAUGUGUCACUUUCCUUUGCUUAAGUACACAUCAAGAUUUCCAUUCAGAAUAACUGGCUGACAUAAAGUAUUCCCGCUUCCCAUGCUUAACCCUUCUUGACAACUAUUUGGAUAACUUUAUGUCCAGAAUCAGUCCUUUCCUGACAGCUCCGGUUUUAGCAAAGAUUAGAGCGUGAAGUAGCAUAUUUUUAAUACUUUACUCUUAUUAAGACUCAUACGAUCUGAUUACUGAAUCCUGAAAUUAUGGCCUACUCAUUUAUGCCUUAUUUUUAAAAUGUUCAAACUAUCAAGAUGGAGGGAAAGAGUGAAUCAGAAGCGUACGCUAAUAUUUUUCUGGCUAUGUUGGUUGUUUUUUGCAUGCCUUCAUCCAAUAAAGAUGCUUUUAAAAUCUA